AUGUUUUAUACUCAUGCCAUUCUAACAAAACGUGGACCAUUAGCCCGUCUGUGGUUAGCUGCGCAUUGGGAUAAAAAAUUAACAAAAGCACAAAUAUUUGAAACAGAUAUCAGAGCAUCAUGUGAAUCCAUUUUAGAACCAUGUUUGAAAUUGGCAUUGCGUACGAAAGGCCAUUUAUUAUUGGGUGUUGUUCGAAUUUAUUCUCGAAAAACAAAAUAUUUAUUAGCCGAUUGUAAUGAAGCGUUUAUCAAAAUUAAAAUGGCAUUUCGACCGGGUAUUGUGAGCACGACUGGUGCGGGAGGUAGUGGACAAGAUGGAAAUUUAACACUGGCACAAGAUGGACUCCAAGGAGAUCAGCGAGAAGUAUCAAUAGCAGCUAUCACGUUACCAGAAAAUUUUCAUGAAUUUGAUGGUCUCAUCGAUUUAGAUAUUGAUUACAUCGACGAUCCAUCUCGUUUUCAACUUCAUCAAGCUCGCGCUGAAGAAAUUACGUUAAAAGAAGAUUUUAUUACGGUGCCGAUGCCGUUAGACGAUGAUUUUGGUGAUUAUAUGGAUGAUAACGAUAUAUUUCGUAAAAAUCUUCAAUCUUCACAUUACAAUAACUCAAUUGGAUUCAAUGGUGAGGAUUAUAAUGCAUUCAACAUUGUAAUGCAUUAUUCUCGCACAUUUUUUCUUUUAGGAAUAAGAAAAGAUCAUAGUCUAAUGAAUGGCGAUCACGAUGAACCAUUUUUUGAUGAUAUUCAUCCACCUGCUUCAGUGGUAUCUGCAAUCGGAAUCGGUGGUGACAAUUCAAACUUAUCCGCACAAGAUCAAUAUGAUCAUGUUAUGUCACCAUUCGCCCAAGAUGAUAUUCCUCCACUUGACGAUCAACAACCUCCACCAGACAAUCAAAUUGCUAAAAUUGAUCGUAUGUACAUUGUACCAUCAGAUGACAAUCGAAUGGAUGUUGGUGAUGAUUAUCCUGCUUUACAUUUACGCAAAUCAACUGUUGGUAAUAGACAAUCACCAGCAGCUGCUCAGCAUCAGCCGGGUGUCGAUGAUACAACUUUGCUGUCAAAUGCAUCAGAUGAAUUCAUUCUACCACCAAUUAUAACAACGGCGCCUACCGCGGAUGUUACUCAGACUCGUACACCACGUCAUGCCAAACGUAAACGUAAAUUAUUAAUCGAUGAUGUUAAAGAAAUCGAUAGUCAAUCGAUGAAAACGCAAUUAAGUGACACAUCGGAUAUUGUCGGAGUUUUGGAAUUAGCUCCACCGACGAGACGUCUAAUGCAUUGGAAAGAAACAGGUGGUGUUGAAAAAUUAUUUACAUUAACAGCAACACAAAUCUUCUCCAAAACAUUACAACAGUUGAUUCAACGUAAUAUGAUAACAAAAUCAUUACUCGAUAUGCCAAAUUAUAUUGUGGAACCUGAUGAGUUAUCACAAGAGAGCAUUGAUGAAGCAAGACGAGCAGCAGUUGGAGACUUGAAUGUAUUACCUGGUGAACAAUCUGUCUUGUUACAAGAUAAAAAUCAGACUUUAUCACCGAGACGGCGAACAGCAACUCAGAAAAAGAGAACCCUAUCCAAGGAUGAGCAAGAAGAAGAACAACAGCAAGAAAAAAGACGGCGAACAGCGGCCACACCAGAGCAGCAACAUCAUCAAGACAUGUUGCCACCACUAGGUGAUAUGCUACCACCCAUGGAUUCGAUGUUACCACCACUUAGUGAUAAUCUAAUGAUGCCACCUCCAUCUGUUGAUCAGGGCGGACCUCUUUCAGUAGCGCCACAUUCUCCAAUGAGACGUAGCCCAAGAAAAAUUCAUAGUGAACAAAAAACGUCACCAUCGAAGCGAAAAGAACGAAAAACAACAUUCAGAGAUGAAGAUGAAGAAGAUGAUGAAGAUAGCGAAACGGCAACAGCACAAGACGUGAGUAUAAAUGGAUUUGAUUAUGAUUUUGAAUCUGGUCGUAAACUAUCACGUCGAGGUCGUGCAAUGUUACAAAUGUUGGAAAAAGGCUUUGAUUAUGGUGAUGCUGUGUCAUUUCACGAUCAUCUUACAUCGACAGCGAUAAAAUCAUCAUUAAAUCGUAAAAUUACAGCACAAAAAUUUUAUACACUUCUUGUAUUGAAAAAAUUACAAGCCGUCGACGUUGAUCAAUCAGAACCAUAUGGAGAUAUUCUUAUUACAAAAUCAAAACAAUUUGAUCGACUUUUAACCAUCAACGAAUGA